AUGGCCACCGAACCGCUUCCAGCCACAGUUAGAGAAAUUCUAUCAGAUUCAACGAACAUUCGUGCUCGAUAUCCCAGCCAUCUAGCGCACCAAUGGCGACGCUCACAGAUCCAAUCUCCUUCCAACUCCAACUUCAUAGCCCGUCUUCUGCCGCGAAGCAGAACAACAGUAAACCAAGACACGGCAGCAGCCUGUCUCUAUCGCAUCUACACAUUCUUCGUACUUCACGACACUGUUGCUUUUCGCAACGAACUCGAAUAUUUUUGCCGCUCGCACCCAGAGUGGGCGGUCUCCUCUCUCCCUGACCCAAGCGCCAGUGACGAUGGCCCUGGGUCCAGCGACCCCUCUAACGAUGAACAAGUGCGCUACACCAUCCUUGCGGUCCUCACUCGACUCAUGUGCGACGCUUUCAAUCGUCGCAUCGACCUGGGAUUACCGAGAGAUGCGCCUGCGAUCAUAGAGGACUUCGAAGAGCUGCAGGCGCGUCCGAAGGUUCAUGAAUCGCCUCCAGAAUGGGCAACACAAGUCCAACCUCUUCAUGAGAAAGUCUUUAUUCCCAACAGCGAGGGCAAAGUACUGGGAGAGGAUGAUGAAGAUGUUAACAAAGAGUUCAAGGACAUGAAUAUCAUUGUUCAGAUGCCCCAUAUCCAUUUCAUAUAG